AUGGACAAGUUCAACUUUGUUAGAAAUGGGAUGAUCAGAUUGCCUCCUGGUUUUCGUUUCCAGCCUACAGAUGAAGAGCUGGUCUUUCAGUACCUAAGAUGCAAAGUCUUUUCAUGCCCUCUGCCUGCUUCAAUAAUUCCUGAGGUCAAUGUUUGCAUGUAUGAUCCUUGGGAUUUGCCAGGUGAUUUGGAGCAAGAGAGAUAUUUCUUCAGCAACAAGGAAUCAAAAUACAGGAAUGGGAGCAGAGCCAACAGGGUGACAAGUUCUGGUUACUGGAAAGCCACCGGCACUGAUAAAAAGAUUGUAUCUUCAAGGAGGAACCAUAUUGUGGGGAAGAAAAAGACUCUUGUUUUCUACAGAGGAAAGGCUCCAAAUGGUUGUAAAACUGAUUGGGUCAUGCAUGAGUAUUGCCUUGUCAAUGCAGAAACUACAGCCUCCAUCAACACAGCCGAGGUGAGUUUACAAUAA